UUUAUUUAUAAUAUAUAUUUUUCUUUUUAUACAUAUUACCUGGAAUUUAUUUAUUUUAUUUUAUUUUUUAAACAAAUUAUUGUGUCAUUAAUUGAUUUAUGUGAAAUAAAAAUAUAUAUAAAUACAUAUUCCCCCUCCCAAAAAAUAUGAUAUUCCAAUUUAUCCAAACUCUUUUAAAUUCAAUUUUCUUCGAUAUCUUUUUAAGUUAAAUAUAUAAAAAAAAAUAUAUAUUAUGCCGUUAAAGCUUUUAACCUCCCCUUCCUCCCACUCUCCCUUCCUAUUCUUUAAUAAAAUUUUAAAAAAUUUUUAAUAUAUCACCAGUAUUCUAAAUGCAUGCAAAAAAAAUUGAAAUUAUGAAUUAAAAGUAAAUCCUAAAAGAAAAUGUCAUCCAUAUCUGCCUGGCUACCGUUAGCUAGGGCGGCUGCCAUUGGUUGGCUACCCAUAGCCGAACAUCCCUUACCUGUACCAGGUUACCUUUCGGCCCUUAGGCCGGCUGAUAAACCAAAAAGAUCGGAAGUUCAUUUUGAGUCAACUGACGAUAAGCAGCUGGAAGGAAUUACUAAAGGUUCUCAACCGUAUUAUCAUCAUUUGCAACAGAUUAGUAAGCCUUCAGAAUCUAGGCUGACAACAACAUAUGCCUCCGAUCAAAAAUUGAUACCUAACAUAGUUUUGUCGGAUAAUAACGGCUCCUCUCAAAUCAACCACAAAGUAUUUUCUUCAUCACCCGAUUCCGCUUUCGAUUCCAUAUCCAUAUCCCCUUUACCCACCACAUUUAUAUCCGCCGCCGAAGCCAUUACUUUCCCAUCUUCUGUUGAGUCGAUAUUACCUACGGUUAUAAUUUCCACACUGAGCAAUAUAGAAGAUAGCCUAUCGCAUAUGAUAGACACCUUUAAUUUUGAUUCGACGUUUAUAAGCGCCAUCUCCGCUGCUCAACCCGAUAAAAAAACCACUAUUCCAACGUCAACCAUAACUACCUCCACUUUAUUACGUAUAGCUCACGCCUCAUCGCCUCAUUUAAGCUACCCUUCAUCGCCUACCCCCUAUUUUCAAGACACUCACACUUCUCCCUACAAUAACUUACUAUAUGCCAGGAGUGUAGCAUCUUCUAGCAGCAGGCCUAUUUUCAAAUGUUGUUGCAAAUGUAAAUUUGACAAGGGAGGAAAAUUUAGACCAUGUCCCAACUGUUCCCUAUUAAACCAGCAAGAAGAUUCGAGCUCAUCAUUAGCAUCAUUCCCAUCCUCUUGGGAGGACAAAAUAUCUCUUAAUGUAGGAGGCAUACAUUUCGAAACUUCGCGAGAAACUUUAGAACGCUACCCUAAUACCCUACUAGGAUGCGACGAGAAAGAGUUUUUUUACGAUCCCGAAUUAAGCGAAUACAGUUUUGAUAGGGACCCUGAGCUAUUCAGGUAUAUUCUAGGUUAUUACAGGACGGGCAAACUGCAUUAUCCGAAACAAGAGUGUAUUGUAGCUUACGAAGAGGAAUUGGCAUUUUUCGGUAUACUUCCCGACAUAAUAUCGGAUUGCUGCUACGAGGAUUAUCGGGACCGUCGUAGAGAGAACCAAGAACGUCUAGGGGACGAUGAAACCCCAGGGGGAGAUAAGGAAUCUAUGCUUCAAAAUCCCAACGCGCCAGCUAUCGUUGUUCCUUCUAUUUCGGUCCGUAAAAAGAUGUGGAAGGCCUUCGAAAAUCCCCACCUCUCUACCUCCGCCUUGGUCUUCUAUUACGUGACCGGUUUCUUUAUAGCUGUCUCUGUACUGGCCAAUAUUGCAGAAACUGUGCCCUGCGGCUACAUUCCUUAUUACGCCUCAGCUAUUUCCACUAAUUCGCGCACUAAUAAUCCUCCUUCUUCUAAUAUCGUUCAUUCGUCUUUAUCUUCGUCACAUCUAUAUCAACAGCAACAAGCUGUAUCCUGUGGGGCUCGCUUUCACUUAGCAUUUUUCUGCCUCGACACAGCUUGUGUCAUGAUAUUCACCGUAGAAUACAUGUUGAGAUUGUACGCCGCUCCCGAUCGUUGCAAAUUCGCUCGGUCUGUCAUGAGUGUCAUAGACGUAGUUGCCAUAUUACCUUACUAUGUUGGGCUGGGCAUUAAAAAUGACAAUUUGAGCGGCGCUUUUGUGACUCUCAGAGUCUUCAGGGUUUUCCGAAUCUUUAAGUUUAGUCGGCACUCUCAGGGACUCCGGAUAUUGGGUUAUACCCUGAAGUCUUGCGCGAGCGAGUUAGGAUUCUUACUGUUUUCACUGACUAUGGCCAUCAUUAUUUUCGCCACCGUAAUGUUUUAUGCCGAGAAAAACGAGUCUAGAACAACUUUCACUAGCAUACCCGCCGCCUUUUGGUACACAAUUGUCACGAUGACUACUCUUGGGUACGGUGAUAUGGUUCCCAAGACGAUAACGGGUAAAAUAGUUGGAGGCGUUUGCUCAUUGAGCGGUGUAUUGGUGAUAGCAUUACCCGUUCCGGUUAUAGUCUCUAACUUCAGUCGAAUAUACCAUCAAAAUCAAAGGGCCGAUAAACGCCGAGCCCAAAAGAAUGCACGCUUAGCAAGAAUUCAUAUCGUCAAGAAUGCUGCUAAAGCUUCGCUCCUCCAACAAAAGCAUAACUUAGAAAAACUCAUUUCGAAUACAGCUGCCGAGGGUGUGAUAAUGUCCUCCAUAUCUAAACCAGAUUUGCUCAAAAUGCAACACCAUCAUUUACUCAAAUGCUUAGAAGCCAUAACCGAUAUUGAAUUUUUGGACGUUCAACCUCCAUCAUCGGAUAACCUCAUAGGAUCUAAUAAAUUUCGUAGGAUAUCACAUUAUUCUCCAUCUCAUCCACUUUUAAAAGGUUCUCAAACAUCUAGAGGAUCGACAGAUGCCACUUUAAGAUCUUCAAUUUCUCCUAGUGCGAAUAAUAGAUCACCUUUUCCUAAUUACCUACAAAGACAGCAAUUGAUGCAUCAAAAUAUACCUAAAGUUCAAAUCAAAAAGCCAACGUGGUAUUCCAAGAAUCCUAUGAUAAAUCCUCCCUUUUCGUCGCUUCUCAUAUCAAACUGCUGCAAAAAGAAAUCGAGGGAUAACAAUCUUAAGAAAAGCGAUCAUAUAUCCAGUCUAAGCCCUCCCUUAAACCCACUUAGUCAUAAAGUUAACAUAAAUGUAAGGCAAAUGAGCCACAACUUUAGGCCUUACAAAUCCUCGUUAUUAAUUAAUAACGCCUCAAUGACAGAUAAUCAAACUACAACUAACCAUUACUCCUCUCCAAAUCCUAUCUCUUCACAUCCCGAAAUCGCUCCUAAACAUACCGUGCUAACAGUCCCAGGCAUGAACAAUAACUCCCACGAAACAUUGCCUAUCUCGCAAACGGAAUUACACCUCAAUGAAUCUGACAAAUUUUUUCUUGAUAACGAGGGUUCUGAUUUCGGAGAAUUCUACGAUUAUGCCGAUGAUAGUCGUAACGAAUUCGAAAAAAGUUAUGGUAAUAAAAAUUCGUCCAAAAAAAGUUCGCUUUCUUUAUCUUCUCAUUUCGUAACGAAUAGUGAAUCCGGAAGCAAAAGUCACGACGAGAAAAAAAACAGGAAAAGAGGGAGUAAAGGAGAUGAUCCGGUGUAUUUCGACGAAAGCGAAGACAUACGGUUAUACAGAGUGAUAACAACCGUACCCUCGUUCAACAAUAAUAUUCGAUAUGAUAAAAAAUGAUGUAUAGUUGAGAAUUUAUCUUUUAUUUAAAACUUAUGGAUUCUCUUCGAAGAAAUUUAGAUAUACAAAUUAAAGAUCCAUUUUUUUUAAAAUUUUUUUUGUAAAUAGUUAAUAUCUCAGUUUCAUUUUUUUCUUCUUAAGCGGAAAUAGAAUACCCCCCCCCCCCAAGAUCAUUCCGACCGUUAUAUAAAUAUUGUGCUUGGAUAAUUUAUCUGCGUUCAAUUUUACAUUCGUGAUUUUUUAUUAAAAAUGAAGGAAAAACUUGUUAAUGAAUUUUUUUUAUUAUAACUUUUCUUCUUAUCUUAUUUUUUUUUAUUAUUAUCUUUCUUUUUACUUUUUUUUAAAAAAAAUUUUAUUUUUGUACUUCUUUCAUUUUUUUAAAAAAUAUUCUAAUCAUUUUUUUUAUCGAUAUUUUUUAAAUAAAAUUAUUAUACUUAUUAAAUUUAUUUAUAGGCUCUGAUUAUUAAAAUGGAAUG